AUGGUUCAAAAUAACAUUGCCCGAACGACGAUCUAUUUAAUUUUCGAUCAUUUUAAAAUAAUUAAAAUUGCAAAGUUUAUUCAUUUCCAAAUAAUUCGUUUACGUUCAAAUUCAGGUCCUGCGGGACAACCAGGACAGCAAGGAAAUAAAGGUCAGCCUGGGCCACAAGGACCACAAGGUGCUACAGGUCAACCAGGACCUUUGGGAGCCCCUGGUCAAUCUGGUUCACCUGGAAAUGCGGGCCAACCAGGUCCUUCAGGACCGAAUGGUCAACCUGGACCUCAAGGAACUCCUGGAUCAGCUGGAUUAAAAGGUGCAGCUGGAUUCCAAGGUGCGACAGGUGCUACUGGUGCAAGUGGAACACAAGGACAACAAGGUCCAAAGGGUGAGCCUGGUUUUCAAGGAAAUGCUGGAUUUAGAGGACCGAAUGGCCAGCCAGGACCUUCUGGUUAA